AUGAAAAAAAAAUUUCAAGUGGAAUUUGAUGCGAAUUUAUGUCAAACGAUCGAUUGGGGCGGUAACGACGUCAUCGUGACUCUGGUUAAAAAUAAAAUCGUUGCAGGAUGUAAUUUUUCGGAAAAGCAAACUUCGACGGAAACGGUUACGGAAUACGAAGGUGAUUCUGGUACGGCUGUCGCAUGGUCGGGUAACGGUGUCACUCUUGCUGCAGGUACCGAAAGCGGUUUGGUACAAAUAUGGAAUCUGACAAAAAAAACUCUCAUUUUGGAAGAGAAAUGUUGCGUUAAUAAAUGCAUUGUGACGGCUUGUUCGAGAGGGAAAAUUUCUCGAAGGGAUUUUCGGGAUAACAUAACAACGGAAGUCGAAUACGCACACGAUGGAUGCAUAUGCAAUUUGAAAUAUUCACCAACGGCAAAUUAUUUAUGUUCGAGCGGAGAAGAUGGCUACGUUAGAAUAUGGAAAGGUGACAGUUGCGAUCCUUACAUGGAAAUCGAAAUGUCUCAUCCAGUUCGAGCCAUUGCUUGGCAUCCGUGGAGAACAGGACUUUUAGCUGUCGGUGAAGGUUUACCCACUACAGGACCUCUUAGCAUAUGGAACGUAAAUACUACAAAACUAGAAUACAUGGCAAAAUCAUCGAGACAAGUCGCCAUAAAAUCCCUGGAAUUUAGUAAAAUAUCUGGAGAAUUAGUUUGUGCACAAUGGGUACACGACACACAAGAAGAAACUCAUUGCGAAUUGUUAGUAUCCGGAGGUGCUAAUCACGUGGUCGACGUUUCAUCCCAAGGGAACGGUUACAUAACAUCAUUGCUCUGGAGUCCAGACGGUGAAAAACUGGGUACGGCAGGAACGGAUGAAACAUUUAAAAUUUUUAAAUUUUAUCAAUCAAAGGAAGAAGGAAAAAGGAAAAAAAUGAAAAAUUACGGAUCUAUGGCUUUUAAUGAAUGUCACACGACGGUCAGAUGA